AUGAGAGGCAUGAGUCUCUACAGCGGGCCCACAUCCCCUCCUUCAUCAGCGGGUAUCUCACCCUUUAUAACUGCUUCUGCUGGAAUGACCUUGCAGACUUCACCCCUUCCUUCCCGUCCCUUCUCCCAGCAUUCUCAGGUCCCAUCUGCAUCAUCCAUACUGUCAACCGAUGGCUGUUACGCAGAGUUCAUACCCCAGCUAUCUCUGCAUCUAUCACCAACAUGGCAAGGACAGGUUCCUUACCAGUCAACGCCUGAAAGUUUCCAAUCACAGGCCUCACGGCCGCCCCAUCCACAGCAUGCAAGAGCACUAACUACGGCUGCUAAACCAGUUCAUUCUAGCAGGGGACUUGGUAAAAAUAUUGCAGCAGGUGUUCUUGGUCUGCUUGGCGGGGUUGUGCUCACCGAGACUGCCGGCGAUGACAAUAUUGUUGAUGAUAUCACUGAAAUUAUGGAUGACAUGUCGAUUGGAAACUCUGCAGAUGAUCAGUCCGACCCCGAUAUGGGCACUAACAAUAAUCAAGGGAGCGGAUUUGACUCUACAGAUGUUCAAGGAGACCAGACAUCUCCUGGGGAUGCCUCCAACGUAACAGACUAUCAAGGAGAUCAGACGUUUACCAAGGACUUCUUUGACACUACGACAAACAUCCAAGUAGACCAGACAUUUUCUGGAGUCUCUUUUGACGUGCAAUACUAUCAAGGAGACCAGACAGUUACCGAGGACUUCUUUGAUCCUACGGUGAACAUUCAAGUAGACCAGACGUUUGAUGGGGUCUCAUUUGACGCACCAUACUACCAAGGAGACCUGAUAGUUACCGAGGACAUCUUUGAUCCUACGGCGAACAUUCAAGUAGACCAGACAUUUGAUGAGGUCUCAUUUGACGCACAAUACUACCAAGGAGACCAGACAUUUGCUGAGGACUUUUUUGAUUCUAUGGCGAACAUUCAAGUAGACCAGAAGUUUGAUGGGGUCUCCUUUGACGCGCCAUACUAUCAAGGAGACCAGCUGUUCACAGGCGACCCCUCCGGCCAAACAUGGGUUGUGUCUGAUCAGACCAUAGGGAACGGAGUAGACCCCAAUCAAUCUCAAGGACUCCACCACACAUCCCCACAAAGCUCUCAUACAUCCCACACCCAGAACCCACAUAUGAAUCAUGGUGCUCACCCCUCCUUUGUGACUGCCACUCAUACUACACACUUGCAGGGACCGCCAAUACCAGCCCAUAAUGCUGUGAACCACGGUCACGGCACCGCCCCUCACCAUGCUCAUUCGCCCCAAUCCCAGGUGGGAUCCUCCGUCCAUCCCGCACAAUAUCAUGCUCAGGGAAACUCGCAACAGAAUCAUACUGGUCAACAGAAUCACACUAGUCAACAUAAGCACACUGGUCAUCAUCAUAGUCAUCAUAGUCAUGGUCUAAACAAGACCAUGGAAUUAGUCAAGGACACGUUGACUACUGGUAGUGCUCUCGCAGUGCUUGUAGGGAAUGGGAAUGGAUGA